GACGCAGGGAAGCCAAACUAACGAGUGGCGGCGACGGCAGCAACGGCGGUGGCAGUUCGCGGCGAGGGCGACGGCGACGGCGACGGCUCCGAGGCCGAGUGGCGGUCGGGCGGAGACCUCGGUUCCCUCCACCGCAUGAUCCUCUUGGAGUCAGUGUAUUGGAGAGAGUUGGUUACACGUUACACUAGGAUUCUCCAAGUGAUCAACCUUUGUACCUUUUCCACAUUUGAAGAUGGUGAAGCUAGAUAUUCAUACUCUGGCCCAUCACCUCAAACAGGAACGCUUAUAUGUGAACUCUGAGAAACAGCUCAUUCAGAGGCUCAAUGCAGAUGUACUUAAGACAGCUGAAAAGUUGUAUCGUACAGCAUGGAUUGCUAAGCAACAGAGAAUUAAUUUGGAUCGACUUAUCAUAACCAGUGCUGAAGCUUCCCCUGCUGAAUGUUGCCAACAUGCCAAGAUUUUGGAAGAUACACAGUUUGUUGAUGGAUACAAGCAGUUGGGAUUUCAGGAGACUGCUUAUGGAGAGUUCCUGAGUCGAUUAAGGGAAAAUCCUCGUCUUAUUGCCUCCUCUCUGGUUGCUGGAGAGAAACUUAAUCAGGAGAACACACAAAGUGUUAUUUACACAGUUUUUACCUCUCUCUAUGGCAACUGCAUUAUGCAAGAAGAUGAAAGCUACCUCCUUCAGGUUUUGAGAUACUUGAUUGAAUUUGAACUUAAAGAAAGUGACAACCCCAGGCGACUUUUGAGGAGAGGAACCUGUGCCUUCAGCAUCUUAUUUAAACUUUUUUCUGAAGGACUGUUUUCUGCCAAACUUUUCCUCACAGCAACUUUACAUGAGCCAAUCAUGCAACUGCUCGUGGAAGACGAAGACCACCUGGAAACAGAUCCAAAUAAGCUAAUUGAGAGAUUCUCCCCAUCUCAACAGGAAAAACUCUUUGGCGAAAAGGGCUCAGAUAGAUUCAGGCAAAAGGUUCAGGAGAUGGUGGAUUCCAAUGAGGCCAAACUAGUGGCUUUGGUGAACAAGUUUAUUGGUUAUCUCAAACAGAACACAUACUGCUUUCCACAUAGCUUGAGGUGGAUUGUGUCACAGAUGUACAAAACUCUCUCCUGUGUAGAUAGACUGGAAGUUGGGGAGGUUAGGGCAAUGUGUACGGAUCUGCUGUUGGCCUGCUUCAUCUGUCCUGCAGUUGUCAAUCCCGAACAGUAUGGAAUAAUUUCUGAUGCUCCUAUUAAUGAGGUGGCAAGAUUCAAUCUGAUGCAGCAGAGCUGUGUUGCUGCUUUCCUUGAUGUUGUGAUUGGGGGCCGUGCAGUGGAGACCCCUCCAAUGUCCUCCGUUAAUCUUCUGGAAGGGUUGAGCAGAACUGUGGUUUAUAUAACCUACAGUCAGCUUAUUACUCUGGUGAAUUUUAUGAAGAGUGUGAUGUCUGGAGAUCAACUGAGAGAAGACAGAAUGGCUCUUGACAAUUUAUUGGCAAACCUACCCCAGGCAAAGCCAGGAAAAAGCAGCAGCUUGGAAAUGACUCCCUAUAACACUCCUCAGCUGUCUCCAGCCACCACUCCAGCAAAUAAAAAGAAUCGAUUGCCUAUAGCAACUCGGAGCAGAAGCCGCACCAAUGUGCUAAUGGACUUCCAUAUGGACCAUGAAGGACCAUCUCAAGAAACCAUCCAGGAGGUACAGCCAGAAGAAGUGUUGGUCAUUUCCUUAGGGACAGGUCCCCAGCUUACUCCAGGGAUGAUGUCAGAAAAUGAGGUCCUAAACAUGCAACUUGCGGAUGGAGGACAAGGAGAUGUCCCUGUUGAUGAAAACAAGCUCCACGGUAAACCUGAUAAAACCUUGCGCUUUUCCCUCUGCAGUGAUAAUCUGGAAGGAAUAUCUGAAGGUCCUUCAAAUCGCUCCAAUUCAGUAUCCUCUCUAGACCUGGAAGGAGAGUCUGUGUCAGAACUUGGAGCAGGACCUUCCGGGAGUAACGGUGUUGAAGCCCUACAGCUAUUAGAGCAUGAGCAAGCUACAACACAAGAUAAUCUUGAUGAUAAGCUGAGGAAGUUUGAAAUUCGUGACAUGAUGGGACUGACAGAUGAUAGGGAUAUAUCAGAAACAGUGAGUGAGACCUGGAGUACAGAUGUCUUGGGAAGUGAUUUUGACCCUAACAUUGAUGAAGAUCGCUUACAAGAAAUUGCAGGUGCAGCAGCAGAGAGCAUGUUAGGCAGUUUACUGUGCCUGCCAGGUUCAGGGUCAGUGCUUCUUGACCCCUGCACUGGUUCUACCAUAUCAGAGACAACAAGCGAAGCUUGGAGUGUAGAGGUAUUGCCAAGUGACUCAGAGGCCCCAGAUCUAAAGCAGGAGGAACGUCUUCAGGAACUGGAGAGCUGCUCGGGACUGGGUAGCACAUCUGAUGAUACGGAUGUCAGGGAGGUCAGUUCCCGCCCCAGCACACCAGGCCUCAGUGUUGUGUCGGGCAUAAGUGCAACCUCUGAAGAUAUUCCCAAUAAGAUUGAAGACUUGAGAUCUGAGUGCAGUUCUGAUUUUGGGGGUAAAGAUUCUGUCACUAGUCCAGACAUGGAUGAAGUAACUCAUGGUGCCCACCAGCUGACCUCGCCUCCUUCCCAGCCAGACUCUCUGCUUGCCAUGUUCGAUCCACUGUCUUCACAUGAAGGGGCUUCUGCUGUGGUGAGGCCAAAGGUUCACUACGCCAGGCCAUCGCAUCCACCGCCAGACCCCCCAAUCCUGGAAGGAGCUGUGGGAGGAAAUGAGGCCAGGUUGCCAAACUUUGGUUCCCAUGUUUUAACUCCAGCAGAAAUGGAGGCAUUUAAGCAAAGGCAUUCUUACCCUGAGAGAUUAGUUCGUAGCAGGAGCUCUGAUAUAGUAUCUUCUGUCCGGCGACCCAUGAGUGACCCCAGCUGGAACCGACGUCCAGGGAAUGAAGAGCGAGAACUCCCUCCAGCCGCAGCCAUUGGUGCUACUUCUUUGGUGGCUGCACCUCAUUCAUCAUCUUCAUCCCCGAGUAAGGACUCAUCAAGAGGAGAGACUGAAGAACGCAAAGAUAGCGAUGAUGAGAAAUCAGACAGGAACAGACCUUGGUGGAGAAAACGUUUUGUUUCUGCCAUGCCCAAAGCUCCUAUACCAUUUAGAAAGAAAGAAAAACAAGAAAAAGACAAAGAUGAUCUGGGGCCUGACAGAUUCUCAACACUCACAGACGACCCCAGCCCUAGACUCAGUGCGCAAGCUCAGGUCGCUGAGGAUAUCCUGGACAAAUACAGGAAUGCCAUUAAACGAAGCAGCCCCAGUGAAGGAGCGAUGGCAAACUAUGAAAGCACAGAGGUUAUGGGUGAUGGUGAAAGUGCACACGAUUCUCCCCGUGACGAAACGCUGCAAAACAUCUCGGCCGACGAUCUCCCGGACUCCGCAAGCCAGGUGGCCCACCCUCAGGAUUCAGCUUUCUCUUACAGGGAUGCAAAAAAGAAACUGAGGCUUGCUCUUUGCUCUGCGGACUCUGUUGCUUUCCCCAUGCUAACCCAUUCAACAAGGAACGGUUUACCAGACCAUACAGACCCAGAAGACAAUGAAAUUGUAUGCUUCCUAAAAGUUCAAAUAGCCGAAGCAAUUAAUUUACAAGAUAAGAACUUAAUGGCUCAGCUGCAAGAAACAAUGCGUUGCGUGUGCCGCUUUGAUAACAGGACGUGUAGGAAACUGCUGGCAUCUAUUGCUGAAGACUACAGGAAAAGGGCCCCCUAUAUUGCUUAUCUCACUCGUUGUCGACAAGGCCUGCAGACCACGCAGGCUCACCUGGAGAGACUGUUGCAAAGGGUUCUGCGGGACAAAGAGGUGGCCAAUCGAUACUUCACCACUGUGUGUGUGAGGUUGCUGCUUGAGAGCAAAGAAAAGAAGAUCAGGGAAUUCAUUCAAGACUUUCAGAAACUCACAGCCGCUGAUGAUAAAACCGCUCAGGUAGAAGACUUCCUGCAAUUCCUCUACGGUGCCAUGGCCCAGGAUGUCAUAUGGCAGAACGCGAGUGAGGAGCAGCUGCAGGACGCUCAGCUCGCCAUUGAACGAAGCGUGAUGAAUCGGAUUUUCAAGCUCGCCUUCUACCCUAAUCAGGAUGGGGACAUACUUCGUGACCAGGUUCUUCAUGAACAUAUCCAGAGACUGUCUAAAGUAGUGACUGCAAAUCACAGAGCUCUCCAGAUCCCAGAGGUUUAUCUUCGGGAGGCACCGUGGCCAUCUGCACAGUCAGAGAUCAGGACGAUAAGUGCUUACAAGACCCCGCGGGACAAAGUGCAGUGUAUCCUGAGAAUGUGUUCUACCAUCAUGAACCUCCUGAGCCUGGCCAAUGAGGACUCCGUCCCGGGAGCAGACGACUUCGUCCCUGUUCUGGUGUUUGUGCUGAUAAAGGCAAAUCCACCCUGUCUGCUCUCCACUGUUCAGUACAUCAGCAGCUUCUAUGCCAGCCGUCUGUCCGGAGAGGAGUCCUAUUGGUGGAUGCAGUUCACGGCGGCAGUGGAAUUCAUUAAAACUAUCGAUGACCGGAAGUGACCAAGACCAAGGCCCACCAAGGCAGCAGACUGUUAGAUGGGCAGACAGAUCUCUGAGAAAAUGUACCAGCUGCUUUGAAGGCUCAAGAUUGUUUUUGUAUAAUAUUGUACAGCAUUCAGACAUUUUCAAACAAAUCUUUACUAAACAGAUUAAUGAGCUAACAAGCAGGUUCUCUUUUCCUUUCUGAGUUGCAUAUUUUGUUGUUUUCUUGUCCCCAAGUAGAGAAUAGUACUACAAAAAGGGACCACAGUUUUCAGGUAUUUUGAAAUAUUAAGAAACAAAGCAAAAUAUAGAAUAUUCCUAGAUCCCCAUUUAUGGAUACCCAUUUUUUCCUUUUAUUUUUAAAAAAGAACAGUACACCUCUUUUAAGAUGCUAAUUCCUAUAGGCAUCCAGUGGAAGGAAAAUAUGAGUUGCACUGAGGGUUAUAAUGGUGGUGACAUUAGUGGCAUUAUCUAUAAAUACACUCAACCUAAAUUGAAAAGCUAAGAAGGAAAUGUAAAUAUAAUAUAUAUUUAUAUUUGAUGUAAUAUGGACAUCUUCAGAUUCUAAUAAACAAGGAAUAUUGCUGAUAGUAGAUUGUGAUGUUACCCUCUUGUGAAAUGGUUUCCUUGACAAAAUUUAAGCUGAGCUUAAAAGCAAAGAACAAAAACACACAUAUUUAUUAAAGUGUAAUACAGCCUAUUGAACUUUCUAGGUGUGGAGUUUGGUGCGCAGGGCUGCCUUGGCUGAGCAUGGAAGUCACUGAGUAGGUCGCUUAGACACUUCUCACCAUGGACAUCCUUGAGCCUGCUGUAGGAGAGAGACUUUAAUCGCCAUACGUUACAUAUAAAGGAACAGUGCAUACCUAAUACUUGACUGUGGUACUUCUCACCUGAAAUACUAAGUAUAGUGUAGAAACCCCAAACAGAGCUCCUUAUAAGCCUUUAAAUGUAAUAUAUUUUUGAUGAUUAUUCACAUUGAAUGCACAGACCAGGAAUUCAGUGAAUGUCAUUUUUUUAAAAACUAAUUUGUAUUGUGUGCUCUAGUGAUAACGAGUUUUAUUAGUGAUAAACUAUUUUAACCAACCAUACUAUUCUUAUGGGGAAAAAAAUCUAUUUUGGCAGGUUUCUGUGCCUUUAUUUCCCUCUUCUGAAAAAUAUUAUGUGUUUCAAUAUUUUGGUUUGAUUGUAUAUUGAUAACUAAUCAGGAAUGGGUUUUGGUGUCUGAGAAAUCGGCCAAUAGUCUCACCAAACCUUCAAGCACAAGUCUUGUACAUGGUCAUCCCUGACUGGUUUCACUUUGUAUGUUUCCUAAUCGUGUUUAGCUUCUUUUAUAACAGACUCAGUUUCAUACCUUGAGUCCCUUGUUGCUGACAGCAUUUCCAGACAUUUUUAAGGGAACUGUGACAAACCUUGAGAGAUGAAGGCAGAGGUUGUCGCCCUGUCUCCAACAUCUCUGUGUCUCGUGCCUAAAGAAGCUGGGUUUUCUUUAUGCCCCCACCUCUUCUCGUUCAUUUCUUUUAAAAAUACCAGAAUAAGGGGCAUAGGAGUGUGGGAUGUGGUUUCUGCCUUUUAGGGAGAGAUCAAAAUUAAACUAGUACUACAAAAUGUCCUUUUGAAUGUAAAGUCAAGUAGUCGGUGUGUGGUCAUGUGCUUCAUGGGCUGUAAGUGUCAGACUUGCCUGGGUUUUAGAAGUCCGAUCUCAUCGUAAAUACUUGACAAGACAAACAAAACUGUCUAACGUGAUUUCUGAGACCUGGAGUGAGUUCAUUUAGUCCAGCAUUUGAUUCUAUAAAUAUUAAGUCAAUAGAAGACUUGGAAUAGUUGAAAUUCAUUGUUACGGGAUUUAACUAGGAAGUUGGUGAUUUUUUUCCCCUCCACGAUGGUCCCUAAGUCUAUUCCAUGGGAAUGACUGUGACGACGUGGACACUGUACAGGACUCUUUCCUUUGAGUUUGGGCUGUAGGGCUGCACCACAGGGCUUGAGCCAGGGGUGAGGGUGGAGUCCCAGAGACCUGGCCUCAGUGACACCUCUGAGACGGAGGCGGGUGCUUGGGUCUUGACCCAGGAGCUGGCAGAGCCGAGCUCAGCUCCCUCUGUCAGGAGCGAGGACUGCUUCAGUGCUAACGCCGCUGGCUUGAUUUCAUGGCAGGGCUCGUCAGAGUGCUGAUUACUGAAGUCAGCGUUUGGUAACGAGGGGUGGGUGGAAGACAGGGAGAACUUUGCUUUUGUUCUUGCAGGAAAGAGGAAUAGUUGCUCUCUGAAUGUUUCUUCCAGUAUUUAUUUUACAUGAAGGAUUAGUUGCAAAAGGACACAACCGCCCAUAGGAAACAUUCGGUAGCCACUGAUUAUUACCUGGGACUUACAAAGUUAACGAAUGUUAAAUGGGGAGACAGUGGCUCAGUGCACUGAAGUCUUGUGGAAUUAACCUUAUAGUUUGUAUUUUGUGUUGAUAUUCUGCUUCUGGAGAAAGCUAAGUAAUACACAGAUUGAAGAUUGCCUUUCUUUAUAGAAUAGCUUUUUUUUGUUUUUUGUUUUUAAACUGGUAAACGGUUUGUUUUCUUUCUCCACUUUAGGUCAAAUGUCAGUCACAGCUAUUGCAUUGUCCUACUUUUUCUUUGUAAAAGCCCUACUUAGGAAAGCCUUUUUGAUACAGAUAUUAAAUCACAGCAAUAAGAGAAUUGGGUUUGGUAAGGGAUUGAAAGUAGAUGUGAUGCAUGGUUUUUCUCUUCCUGAUGUGUCCCAAAGCCCUUGAUCAACGUGGAUUUUCACUCUCGAUGUUCCUGAGGUGCACAAGCAAUAGAACAAAACGCAGCCCAAACGGUAUUGAGCCAUAAGACUCUAGCUGAGUGAGCGUGCCUACCCGGGAAUUCCAUCUGGGGCCAAGUAAAGGCCCACUAGGUGUUUUAAAUGAGUGAGGUUUUAAAAAUUCCUUUCUCUGAUGUGGUUGGGUGUGAAAGGGGAAAGGAGGACCACACACUCAGAAUUACUAGUGGAUCGCAUAGAGGUGAUAGGAACGUGAUGGAAUUAGCUUCUUCCGUUUGUGUGUCCCAGCCUUUUCUUCUCCUGCCCCUCCAUCCCUACUUAAUUUCUUUAAGGAAAAGUCAAUAUUUGCCCUCUUUUUAGUUCUUUUAAGUCUAGUGAAUUUAUUCUGUAUGCAAUUGCCAUAAUUUGGGGGGUGGGAAUCAAACAGUCUUGAAGCUCAAAGAAUUUUUAGUAAGUAGAUGAACAGUGCUGAGAUAAUUGCAAUAUUUUGAAUGCCAAAAUGCUUGAGAACUUUGCCAGAUUAAAUAUCUUAGAAUGUAGGUUACCCAAGAAGUAGGAUGACCAGGAAUAGCUUUAUUACUCUUGAGAUCACUUGGACAAAGGAAGAUAGAGCUUGCUUCAGCGUCAAGGUUGGUGUGAUUGAGCUGUGGAGUCACUGUGGAGCUGCUGGGUCCCACAGGUCUGCGCUCAGCAAAGGUCACGUUCACGAGAGAGGAAGUCCUCUCCCUUUGGUUAAUGGAAUGGGAGGCAGUGUGGGCAGGGGCCUCAUGCCUUAAGAAUUCACCUCUGCUGAGUUGAUGUCUUGUCUACUGCACUCUUGUGCUUCACCUGUAUUAAAAAGCUUUGUACUGCCUCUCUUGAAACUGAUAAAACCUAUAAGCCUCAGUUAAUGAGCUUGCACAGUCUUGUAUGUGUCCAGGAAAACCAUCCUGUCUCCUAAUGUGAUGAUUAUAUCGUUCUGUAAAACUGAUUAAAAGGGGAGAGCAGUUGAAUUCACUGGGCUUUGUUUCCAUCAUCUAUUUUGUACUCAGAAGCAUUCCUGAAAGUUUCUUUGACUUCUCGAAUAUUACUAAUGUUCUCCAUGAAUUCACACUUACCUUAUUCAUCUGAGGAUACUUGUUAAGUGUGGUACAGGAAGGAAUUAGGAUGAUCCAGCCGUCACCAACGAGAUGGUGAACAUUUUAACAGUUUCUCGCUGACCCCUGGAUUCGGUAGCUGUCCAUCAAGCCUUAGUUCUGACAGCAAAGCUUCCAAUCACCGUAUUCACGGAAGCCUUUCUUCAUCUUUUCAGCUGAGGGGAGUUGCUAUUAGACAAAGAGCUCUUGUCGCAGAGGCAAGCUCAUUUGUCAGGCUCCGCUCGCUGGUGGAAAUGUGCUUUCUGAUAUUGAUAGCACUUCAUUUAGAAGGAGACAAUUAGAAAUUUGAUUAGAGCUCAGUUUUCAUUCAGUCCAUUCAGUAUUAAAAAUAAUGCUGUGACUUGCCUAGAACUGAAAAUAAAAUUCAACUUUUCUUGCCAA